UUGGAUUACAGACUCAAUAGAGACACUGCUGGAUCAAAACCUCCACUUACUAGAGGUGAAGGCUCAGGAAGUUUAAGUGAUUUGCCAAAAAAUCACAUAGGUAAUAAGGGCAGAAUCAAAAUUUGAAACUAAGUGCAUUGCUUCUCAAUCCAGCCCUCUCCUAUCACUAGUCCAGGGACCUUGUCAGAGACAUGCUGGAGAUACAUAAAGCACUGAGACCCACAUCUAGAGCUGUUCAUGUCUGACUCUGUCACCCCAUUUAGUGUCUUUUUGGCAAAGAUACCAAAGGAAUUGCCAGAUAAACACAUAAUCGUACUGAUAUACAUGUUUUACCUAUGGGUACAUACCUAUUCAGAUGUUAUAAGUGGCACAUGCUUUCACAUGCUUCUAUAGGCUGACACACAGAUACACCUAUACAUGUGUUUUCACAUCAAUAUAGGCAGAAACUAGAAAGAACAUAGUAUUAUACAUAUACUUAGGUAAGUACACACACAUAGCUCAGGUGCUAAUACAUGUCCAUAAGUUACCCUCAGUCUGACGCCUUCCUCUACCCCCUCUAAAUGCUGAUUGUGAGAUAAGGGCCUAAUGAAGCCCCUGCUAUCUCAGCUGCUCCAACAAGCACCUCAUUACCUCCCACAAUGUCUGCUUCUGUUUACUCAGUCCCUGCCCACAACAACCUCCCAACCCCCUCCUCUCUGCCCAAAUUUGAGAGGCAACAGGUGCGAAGUAAGAAUCCUGGGCAUAAAUUCAGACCACCUGGAUUUUCCCACUCUGUGACUAUGAACAGAACUCUUUUCCUCCUGGACUUCAGCUCCUGUGGUGUAUAACAGGGAAAAUAACCCUAUCAAGUUUUCCCAGGAUUUUGGCUUGUGUCCCCAGAACCCAAUUCUAUCCAGUGCCUACCACAGCCAGACCUAUGCCUCUGUUCCCUGCUUUCCAGCUUCCUUGGCCUCUAGAGGUGGGGAAUCUUCUAAAUUGGAGCGGAGUCUGGGCAGGGAAGCCCCCUGCCAAGGCAGGCACAGCCUGAAUCUGGCUAAAGAACAAAAAAUCACCUACUGUGACCCCCUUCACAGCUUGGGAAGACCCUGCCCCAGGCUGGUCUAACUAUACUAGAAUAAGGACUUGACUGAAAAUUGGAGCUCUGAUCCCACCAAGGUUUCCUGCCCCCAAGCCUGGAUGGACUCUGCUAGAAGCAACCAGGCUCAAAGCUGAGCAAGGAGAAGAGGGAAUUCGAUAGGAGUGUCCCUGUGUGUCUAGGUGCCAGAUAUAUAUGUGUCCGGUGCAAGCCCUGGGCAUUAGGGGGGUCAUCUGAGCCAUACAAGAGAGAACAGAACAAGUGCCUAGAGACUGUUACCGAUGCUGGGUAGGGCUGAGGAGGGAACCCCUGGCCCUUGCCAAUCCGCUCAGUGGGGUUUGGGCAAGUCCUGACAGCGGCGGGUGGGGCUGAUCUGACAGGUUCUCUCCAAGUGGCCUGGGGGCAGCAAGGGUGGAGCCUGGCACAGACUUAGGGUGGCGGGAUGGGCCUGGCUCCCCCACAGUGAGGGUGAGACCAAGGCUCUUACCUCUUCACAUCUUCCUCUGUGGUUGUUCAGGCAGAGGAAGCAAGCCUUGGCCAUGGGCAAGCCAAAACCCAAGGCUGGGGCUUUGGGGCUAAGAGUACAGUUUGGAUAGGUAGGGGUUCUGGGAGUGUCUCGAGAUCAUGUUUGGAGGCUCUGGAGCCCUUCGGGGCAGGGUAGAGGAGCUCAAGCGGCCCUGGUGGCGAGAAGCCCUUCCCCUGGUGCUGAAGCACAGCGAAGCUGCCCGGCUGGCAGCAGAUGCCCUCCUGGAACAUGGUGAGGCCGCCUACCUGCGAGUCAUUGCUGAGGAGCGUGAGCUGCCCUUCCUUUCUGCCCUGGACCUUGACUACAUGACCCAACAUGUUCGUGGAGGUCCUGAGAUAGGGGACAGGGGUGAAAGUGGAGAUAAAGACGGCAGGGCAGGCCCCCAGACCUCUGGCACGGCGGAUGGGCUCAGCCUCAUCUCACAGGCCACCUCUGGCACCUACUUCCCAGCAGCAACAGAUGCUGAACCACCUGCCCUGGACCUGGGCUGGCCUGAGGUACCUCAGGCCACAGGCUUUAGCCCCACACAAGCUGUUGUCCACUUCCAGAGGGACAAGGCCAAGAACAUCAAAGACUUACUGCGCUUCCUCUUCAGCCAAGCCCGAACGGCUGUGGCUGUGGUAAUGGAUGUGUUCACAGACAUGGAGCUGCUCUGUGAUUUGAUGGAGGCUUCAGGCCGCCGGGCUGUGCCUGUUUACCUGCUGCUGGCUCAGGACAACUUGCAUCACUUCCUGGAAAUGUGCUACAAGAUGGAUCUCACUGGGGGCCAUCUGCCGAACAUGCGUGUGCGGAGCAUUUGUGGGGAUACCUACUGCAGCAAGGCAGGAAGACGCUUCACUGGGCAGGCGCUGGAAAAAUUUGUCAUCAUCGACUGUGAGCAAGUGGUGGCCGGGAGCUACAGCUUCACAUGGCUCUGUAGCCAGGUUCACACCAGCCUUGUGCUACAGCUUCGGGGCCGCAUUGUGGAGGACUUCGACCGAGAGUUCCGCUGCAUGUUUGCUGAGUCUCAGGCUGUGGAAGGCUUCUCUGGUGGCGAGGAGGAUAUCUUGGCUCUUCGGCCUCCCCGCCCACCCCCACCUGCCCUGGUUUUUGAGUCAGGUCUCCCUAGCUCACCAUCUACCUCACCAAUUGGCCCUAGCCUCAGCAGUGUCAAAUGUUCCCCCCUUACCAGCUCUUCUUACUGUGGGCUCCCUGGAGGUGGUGGCGUUGGCUUCAAUGGCCUUGUGGCCUCUGGUUCCCCUGGCCCUGGCCGGCGCCAAGCCAGCGGCCCCUUUCCCCUGCACCGGCGAUUAUCAGACCCCAACCACAGCCCAGCCACAGCCUAUCGACCCAGCCUGGGCACACUGGGGACAGCUCCGUGGGCUCAGUCAUCUCCAGCUCUCAAUCAGGAAGGACUGGGAUUGGGGCUUGGGCCAGGGCUAGGACCAGUAACAGGACCAGGGCUAGGGAGCCCUUUUUUUUCUCGUCAGCUCCACCUUGUGCCCCUCCCUCGACUUCCAGAGAAUGGAUUUGCCCAUAGCCAGGAGCCCAACUUAACCAGGGGCCUCUGUGGAAUGCCUACACCAGCCACAGAAGCAAAUCAGAAGCCAUCCCCGGAGAGGAAGCCAUCCCCCCCAAGCCACAACUAUGGACGACUGGACCUCCUCCCCAAGGGUUCUCAGACACCCGGUUCUGGGAACACAGGCUCUGGGGACCAUGCCAAGAUCAGAGAGCAGUCUGUAGAUCAGAGGCGGGCAACUCUGGGCCAUCUGGACCUUGUGGCUAAAUAUGGUCCAUUCCGGAUGGAGGGGACAGGACCAAUUAGAAUCUCUACUCCAGAUGCCAUGGGCAGGGCCAAAGUGGUCUCGGAAGAGGAGAAGCGGCUGACCCUGGGCCACAGCAAGUUGGAUCUCAUCACCAAAUAUCACAGGUUAGAGGGGAUAAAAAGAAGCCCCGAUCCAAGUGUUCCUGGCAUCCCCAGUGACCCUAGCCCACGGGAUUCUGUUGUUUCUGGUGUACCUAUUGUUCCUAACCCACAAGAGCCCAGUGCCUCCAGUGUUCCUGUUCCACGAGCAUCCUGCAUCCCUGCUGGUACCCGGAAUCAUACUCCUGGGGAUGAGAAACGUCUGACUCUGGGUCACAGCAAGCUAGAUCUCAUCACUAAAUACAACAAGUCCAAGUUCAGACUAAUUCGAAGCCGCUUUGAAACCUAAGAUCCCUUUGUUUGCCCUUCAGGCCCAGGCUUUACAGGAAACCCGUCUGGCUAAUCCCAAUUUAUUGCUGUCUGACCUGUCACAGGCCCAAGGAUUAGAACUAGAGGCACGAGUGGCAGCUAGGUGGCACAGUGGGCUGAAGUUUCAGACAUUAACACUUCCUAAUUGUGUGACUCUGGGCAAGUCACUUAACCCAAUUGCCUCAGCAAAAAAUAAAAAUAAAAACAAGGGUCAAGUGUCAACAGAGGCCAGAGCUACUACUACUCCCUCAACUUGACUGGAACGUAAUAUCCCAGACUCCUAACCUCUUCACCUAAAAUUCCAACCUGAUCCCAACCCUCCUAACUACAACCUCAUUUCUGACCUACUGAUCCUGCUCAUCAGUAGGUCCUUUCUCCUUUCUCCUUUCUCACAUCCUCACCCUACUAUGCACUGAACUUAUCCACUGAUAUCCAGUCUCAUUGAACUCCAUCCCACUUACUCUAACCAAAGAAACCCUGAUUUGUGACGCCAGUGCCCAUAGGCCAACUGGGUAUUUAUUGAUCCUGUUGUGCGUAUGAACUAUAUUGGGGGGCAAGAGGAGGAGGAAGGAAGGGGAUAUGGCUAGGAAUUAUCCUAAGGCAAGUGAGUGGACUCUGUCCUUAAUAUGGUCCUAUCUAAACAAGGCUUUAUUACCCUCUGAGGUCCCUGAUCCAGAAGCAGCUGAGGACACUUAUUCUGCAGGAUGGGAGUCUGGAAAGUCAACUGCCAGAUUGUCCUACUAGCCUCCUGGGGCUGCUACUAGAAGGAAGGGAGGGACCAGGAAAGGGAAAGAAGAGUCUUGCAUGAUAGGGGAAGAUAGUUCAAGCCAAGGAGACGUUCACCAAAGGGAUCUAGGAACAAGUCAGUCUGACCCCAACCAACACAGAAUACAGGCAGAUGUCCUCCUCCCAGUCACAUAGGACAACCCUUUCUCUGGCCCCAUUGUGUGGUUCAGAAAUGGGGAGGGGUCACCAUUUAAUAAAAAAAAAAAAAAAAAAAAAAGAACUGGAGAGCUCUC